AUGAACAGCAACUUGUCAACUCCUGCAGAUCUGCAACUCUGCUAUGAGAAUGUGAAUGGAUCCUGCCUAAAGUUGCCCUACUCUCCUGGACCCAGGAUGAUUCUGUAUGCUGUGUUUGGAUUGGGAGCGGUGCUGGCUGUGUUUGGGAACUUCCUAGUGAUGAUUUCAAUCCUUCAUUUCAAGCAGUUGCAUUCUCCAACCAAUUUUCUCAUUGCUUCUCUGGCCUGUGCUGACUUUCUGGUGGGUGUGACCGUGAUGCCCUUCAGCAUGGUCAGGUCUAUAGAAAGCUGCUGGUACUUUGGGAGAAGUUUCUGUACUUUCCAUACCUGCUGUGACGUGGCAUUUUGCUAUUCUUCUCUCUUCCACUUGUGUUUUAUCUCCAUUGACAGAUACAUUGCUGUUACAGACCCGCUGGUGUACCCUACCAAGUUCACAGUGUCUGUGUCAGGGAUGUGCAUUGGUACCUCCUGGAUCCUGCCCCUUGUGUACAGUGGUGGUGUAUUCUACACUGGUGUCUAUGAUGAUGGACUAGAGGAAUUAUCUAACGCUGUUAAUUGUGUAGGAGGUUGUCAGACAGUUGUAAAUAAAAACUGGGUAUUGAUAGAUUUUUUAGCCUUCCUUAUACCAUCUCUUAUUAUGAUAGUUCUGUAUAGCAAUAUUUUUCUUGUGGCUAGACAGCAGGCUAAGAAGAUUGAAAAUAUUGGCAGUAAAGCAGAAUCAUCAUCAGACAGUUAUAAAUCCAGAGUGGCCAGGAGAGAAAGAAAAGCUGCUAAAACUCUGGGGAUCACAGUGAUAGCGUUUAUGAUUUCCUGGUUACCAUAUAGUAUUGAUUCAUUAAUUGAUGCUUUUAUGGGCUUCAUAACCCCUGCCUAUAUAUAUGAGAUUUGUGUUUGGUGUGCUUAUUAUAACUCAGCCAUGAACCCUUUGAUUUAUGCUCUAUUCUACCCAUGGUUUAGAAAAGCCAUAAAAGUUAUUAUGAGUGGCAUGGUUUGCAAGGAUAGUUCAGCAACCAUGAAUUUGUCCACUGAAUAA